ACCCCAAAUCUUAGCGUUUCUCUCUCUCUCCUCUGAAACCCUAAACCGCUUUAAAUUACAUAAAAAUGAUGACCACCAUCCUGCGCCGUACGCCUACUAUAGCCACGGCGCGGACCUUCGCCGCCAUCGAAACCCUCCUGAUCAACCACCAUUCAUUUCUCGGCGCGUCGGCCCCCGAGCUCGUACUCUCCGCAAAUGGUGCCGUCGCCGGCGAGGCUAGGUUAUACACCGUCUCGGCACCGAGGACGAAGUUGGGUUCUUCGUACGGGUAUCAAGUAAGGGGCUUGCACGCGAAAUCUGGGGCAUUGAGCUUUCAAGCGUCGACGGCUCUGGGCGCGCAGCUCGCCGUUGAGUACUCCUACGACGAGUCGAUUGGAAGGAGCGGCGACGAUGACGGACUCGAGAUCGCGAAGCUAGGGAUUGCUAAGGAGAUCGUGUCAGCUUUGGCCAAUAAGGGUAUCAGCAAGCUGUUCCCCAUACAGAGGGCUGUGUUGGAACCUGCGAUGCAAGGGCGGGAUAUGAUUGGACGCGCUCGAACAGGAACAGGGAAAACUCUUGCGUUUGGGAUACCCAUUUUGGAUAAAAUCUUUAAACACAAUGCCAUAAAGGGGCGUGGAAAGAAUCCUUUGGCUUUGGUUUUGGCCCCGACAAGAGAACUUGCAAAGCAAGUUGAGAAGGAAUUCCAUGAUGCAGCACCUGGUUUGGAGACAAUCUGUGUCUAUGGUGGUACCCCCAUUUCAAGUCAAAUGCGAGCGCUUGACUAUGGAGUUGAUGUGGCUGUUGGCACGCCUGGUCGUGUAAUUGAUCUUAUCAAUAGGGGAGCCCUGAAUUUAGGGGAAGUUCAGUUUGUUGUUCUUGAUGAAGCUGAUCAGAUGCUCCAGGUGGGAUUCCAGGAGGCUGUAGAGACAAUCUUAGAGAGGGUACCAAAGAAACGUCAGACGUUGUUGUUUUCUGCAACAAUGCCCAAUUGGAUUAGAAAGCUUACUCAGAAUUAUCUAAAAGAUCCAGCCGUUAUUGAUCUAGUUGGGGAUUCUGAUCAGAAAUUGGCAGAUGGAAUUUCUCUAUACUCGAUUGUUUCGGACUCAUAUGGAAGAGCAUCAAUUAUUGGACCACUUAUAACAGAACAUGCAAAAGGAGGAAAGGCUAUUGUUUUCACUCAGACAAAGCGUGAUGCUGAUCGGUUGGCAUAUGCCAUGUCAAGAAGCUUUAGAUGUGAGGCUUUGCAUGGGGAUAUUUCACAAAGCCAGAGGGAAAGGACCCUUGCUGGUUUUCGAAAUGGGAAUUUUAAUAUUUUAGUUGCCACUGACGUUGCUGCUCGUGGGCUUGAUGUACCCAAUGUUGAUCUGGUGAUACAUUAUGAGCUGCCAAAUAAUCCAGAAAUAUUUGUUCACCGGUCUGGCCGAACAGGUCGUGCUGGGAAGAAAGGAAGUGCUAUUCUUGUAUACACACAGGCUGAAUCCAGGGCUGUUAGGACUAUUGAGCAAGAAGUAGGAUGCAAAUUUACUGAGCUCCCCCGGAUUGCUGUUGACAGCAAAAGCAUUGACAUGAUGCCUGACAUGGGUAGAGAUCGAUCUGGCACUAAGGGUAGUCGAUUUGGUGCUCCUUCGGGACCAGGUUUUGGCCGUCUUGGUGGGUUUGGUCGUUCCAAUAGCUAUGGUGAUUCUUCUGGUCAGAUGGGUAGAUCUAGUGGGCCUCGUCCCGGUCGUUAUGGUUCCUUCGGUGAUUCUCAAUCUGGAAGUGGGUUUUCCGGAUCUAGUUCAAACCAUGGAGGAAACUUUGGUAAUUCAGGUUUUGGUCGUUCAAGUGGUUUCGGUAGUUCUGACCGCUCAAGUGGUUUUGGUAGUUCUGACCGAUCAAGUGGUUUCGGAGUGUUUGGUAGCUCUGAUCGAUCUGGUGGUUCUAGGAACUUUGGUUCGGAUCGCCAGGGUGGACUUGACAAUAAUUCUAGCCGUUUUGGGAGCUUUGGGAAUGACAGGUUUUGAUGAUGAUCAAAACAAUAGCAGACCCUUCGGAUUUUAUUCAUUAGCAAGUCUGUUUAUUUAUUUCUUCUUUAUGGUUGAUCUUUGCCAUCCCACACAUUUACUGGCUCAGGUUGGUUUCUUUUAAUUGACAUAUUCCUCUGCUCUUGGGUGAACAGCGCUGACGAUUCACUGACACGUCUGUCUUGCAAUGUCAGUUAAGAAGAUACGGAACCCAGGAGGAGAGAAUUAUCAAGAACAAUUAUUUGAUUUCAUGAACCGAAGUUAGAGGGGGCGUGUAGCGAAGUGGUGCAGGCCCGCUUAUGCACCUCGGACUCCAAGGAAGCGUCUUUUUAGGUGUUUUUUUCUUCUGUUUAUAUUAAGUUUAAAAUUUAGAAUAUGAAACGAAAGUCAUCUUAUUCGGAUUAGGAGAGGAGGACUCCUAAAUUAAUUCAUCUUUUUAGUGUUA